AGCGGCAGCCGCUGGCUUUGCGCUGCCCCAGCUGGGGAGCGCUCAGGAUGUGUGUGGGGUGGAGCUGCCUCGGGAUCCCAGGGGCAGGAGUUGCCGCUGAGAGGGAUGGACACCUCUUCCUCUGGAGCAGCACUUUGGGGGCCGGCUUGGCUCCAAGGGACUGGCGGCAGGGGACCCAGUGUCAGCGUUGGUGAGAGUGUAAGCGAAGAGCUGGCUCCGUCCCUCGCAGGCUGAAGGACCAGCUGGCUGAGGACUCUUCCUUGACAAGUCCAGGCUCCUUCUCAGAUGUUUGAGACAGAGACAGAUGAGAAGAAAGAGAUGCCCUUGGAGGAAGGGAAGGGACCAGGUGCUGAGGACUCCCCACCCAGCAAGGACCCCUCUCCUGGGCAGGAGCUGCCUCCAGGACAAGACCUUCCACCCAUCCAGGAUUCCUCUUCAGGGCAGGAACCUGCUUCUGGCCAAGAAUCUCCAGCAAACAAUGACUCACCUUCUGGCCAAGAACCCCCUCUGGGCUCAGAAGCCCCACCAAGUGAGGACUCCCCAUCAGGCCAGGGGUCCCCUCCAGCCUCAGACCUACCACCCUGCCAGAACCUCGCUGCUGGCCAAGAACCUGCUCCUUGCCGGGACCCUGCACUUGGCCAAGACCUCCCUGUGGUCCCAGAGCCCCUUGCCCAGACCUCUCCACCCUGCCAAGACCCGUCUCCCGGCCUGGUCUCCCUGCCAGCUGAGGCCCUUGCUGAGGAGACCUCGAGCUCUGGGGACCCAUCGGCAGCUACUGAGGGCCUGCCUGCCACCUCCAGACCCACCUUUGUGAUCCCCGAGGUCCGGCUGGACAGCACCUACAGCCAGCAGGCCGGGGCUGAGGGGGGCAGCUCAGGAGAUGAAGAGGAGGCAGAGGGGGCAGAGGAGGUAGAGGAGGAAGAGGAAGACGAGGAUGAGGACACAAGCGAUGACAACUGUGGCGAGCGCAGCGAGGCCAAGCGCAGCAGCAUGAUUGAGACGGGCCUGGCGGGUGAGGGUAGCCUCUCGCUGCGGGUACAGAACUCGCUGCGGCGCCGGACACACAGUGAGGGCAGCCUGCUACAGGAGGCCCGGGGCUCCUGCUUCUCCUCCGACACCACCCUGCACUGCUCUGAUGGCGAGAGUCCCUCGCCCAGCUGGGCCAUACCUUCACCCCGAACCCUCAAGAAAGAGCUGGGCCGCAACGGUGGCUCCAUGCACCACCUUUCCCUCUUCUUCACAGGACACAGAAAGAUGAGUGGAACUGAGGUGCUUGGGGACGAUGAUGAAGCCUCCCAGAAGCGAAAGACCAAAAACAUAGCCAAGGAUGUGAAGAACAAGCUGGCCAUCUUUAGGAGACGGAAUGAAUCGCCGGGAGCCCCGCCAGCGGGCAAAACAGACAAGAUGAUAAAGUCUUUCAAGCCUACCUCAGAGGAAGCUCUCAAGUGGAGCGAGUCCUUGGAGAAGCUGCUGCUUCAUAAAUAUGGAUUAGCAGUAUUCCAGGCUUUCCUUCGCACGGAGUUCAGUGAAGAGAACCUGGAGUUCUGGCUGGCAUGUGAGGACUUCAAGAAGGUCAAGUCACAGUCCAAGAUGGCAGCCAAGGCCAAGAAGAUCUUUGCUGAAUUCAUUGCAAUCCAGUCUUGCAAAGAGGUAAACCUGGACUCGUACACACGGGAGCACACCAGAGACAACCUGCAAAGCGUCACACGGGGCUGCUUUGACCUGGCACAGAAGCGCAUCUUUGGACUCAUGGAAAAGGACUCGUACCCUCGCUUUCUCCGCUCUGACCUCUACCUGGACCUAAUUAACCAGAAGAAGAUGAGUCCCCCACUCUAGGGACCACCAGAGUAGAGCUCAGCAUUCACACCAAGCGGGCUGGGCCCCUGCCCACCUGCCUCCCCUCCCCCCUGCGACGGAGGGGACAAGCAAGCCCCCAGAGGCUGCGUCUCCGGACAGACAGUUGGAUAUUUGGAUUCAAGGCCUGGACCAAGAGGUCUAGGCUACUGGAGGAGUAGAAGGACUGGCCCCAUUGGGUCCCCACUGCCCUGGUACGAGGGGGACCGGGGCCCCGGCAGGUCAGGGGCCCUGGCUGAGCCAGAUCUGGAGCUACCGCUCCCUGCUUUGGAGAUUUGGAGAUUUUGUGUUGACCAAGUUCCUAAAAGAACUGGCUGAUGGGGCAGGAGGCCCAGGCCUGGGCACUGGGGUCCUCCUGGGGGCUGCUGGGGCUUGCAGCUCACACCCUCACCUUGAGACUUAUUUAUUUAAACAGUAGUUGGAUGCUUGGCACAUCGUCCUAUAAUAGGAAACCCUUGCCUCAUCAGUUUUCCUAAUUUACAAGUGCAAUAUCUUAACCAAUGCCUUGUGAAAAGCCACCCUCAGAGAAGGUGGUCACCAUCUUCCAGUGUCAGGGCAUUUCCUGGACCCAGGCACCAGUAGCAGGCAUCUGGACCAUCUGGACUCUUGAGGCCUGGAGGGGCUCUGCAGUCUGACCUCCACAGAAAUCCAGCACCCCCUGGGUGGGCGUCCCUCGGGACCUCCAGGAAAGCAUGGCACCCUCAGACCACACAGUAGCCCAGUGCAGGAGCAAAUAAAAGGCCUGUGUUAUUUCUUGUUCUUGGCGUUUUCUGUGUUCCUGCUCUCGAGCCUUCACAGGUGGCUGGGGCCGCUGGUUGUCUGGCUGUGGACCCAGAAGUUUCUCUCUUGCCAUUACCUGCACCCCACUCUGAGCCACUGGGGCACCGGGGAUCGCUGCUCUUAAACUGCCCCUGUGGCCGGAGACAGCCACAUCCCUUCAGUUGUUCAUCACCUCUCCUCUCCAUGGCCUCACUUCCAUUUUACAGUUGAAGAGUUUGAGGCAUGGGUGACUUAUCCCAGGUCAUGUGUGCAGCAGGGGGCAGAGGCCGGAUUCAGCCUAAGCCAAACAGGCUGCAAAGCCUCUGCUCUGGAUGGCUGUGCUCUACUGGCCACAAGACGGAGUCCUAGCUUGAUCAUAAAGUGGCUAUGUGACCUUCAGCAAGUAAGGCUUCUCUGCCUGGCCACACCCUGAUGUUCUGGCGGAGCUUUCAGGAGUUCAGGGAUGGUUGGUAGAGGCAGAUGGGGCCAGAAUCUCAGGUAAGGCUCUCAGAGGCCUCUGGACAGAAGGAAAAGCUGAGAAGGGAACAGGAGAUAGUGUCCCUCUGCAGCCUGAGGCCAGGCUCUCCCCUCUGUAUCUUUGCACCCUCAGAAGGAGAUGCAAGUUGAAGAAAGGCCUGAUCCAAAGCUAUACUCCAGGCCAAGACCUUGACCACUUGCUUAUUAUGGGGGCUGAGGAAGGCCCAGGCCCCAGGCCCUGCUAGUGCCAAAGCUGGUGCCUGGGGCCCACACAGGCAACCUCCCGGGACGAGGGCGUGGCAAGGGUGUGGCCUAGGGUGGGGACUGGCUCCACUAUGCUGAUUAGACUGGAUGGAAAAGCUGCAGGAGGGGCUGCGCCCUCCUCCCCUUGAACAUUGUUCUCUGCCUGGGGUCUUGGGCCCAGGUCAGCUCACCAGGGACGUACAGAAGACGUGCGACUGUAUUGUCCUCCUUGCCUCCCUUUGCCAGAGAGGGUCAGAAUUAGUGAUCUCUGGAAGCUGAGCCCUCUCCGGGGCUGCAGGGACCUGGGUGCUGAGAAGAUCUUUGGUCUUGUUCCUUCUGCAGAUCCUGGGGCUUUACUCGGGAGUUAAAGGCGAGCUGACUACCCUAUGACUGCACCUGACUUCUGCCCCUCUGCAAAUGGCGUACCCCAAAUCCCAUUUUGGAAGGACUUCCGGUGUGCCAGUCGUGGGCAGGACAGGAGACUGCCCCUGCGCUGUGCUCCCAGCACCAUGCACGUUCUUUGGUCAGCCCUGGCAAGCAGCCGUGGUCAGGCAUGGCUUCUGUGUCUCCAAAGGCUGCUCAGGCUUCAGAAUGAGGCAUUCCUGGGUUUGAGUCCUGCCGCUGCCACUCGCUUGCUCUGUCCCCUCAGUGAGUCACUGUGUCCCCUGAAUCUGCAAAAUAGAGAAGACAGUAAUGACUUAGUGCUGGGAUGAAGAUCCAAUGUUCUAGUCAUAACUGGGGGCGUGGUAUGCAGUAGGGACUCCACACAUGAAAACUUUUCUUGCCCCUUAAGGAAAGGACUGGCUGUUUUCCUCCAAGCCCCAGGCCUCACAUUGGACCUAGCCAGCAAGCCCCAUUUGGCUCUGCAAACAGGCCACCUGGUGGCUGGCAGUGCAAGGAGUAGAACUGGACCCUAGCUGCUCCCUAACUCGGAGCAGGCCUCUCCCAGGCUGGAGUUUGGGGACUGACAGCUGAGGCCUAGGGAAGACUGUCAUGCCGCUCUCUAUCUUCCUCCAAUGCUUUGGGCAGAGCUGCGUCAGAGCCCAGGACUCCUGCGCUCUGGUCUGACCCGGCCUAUUGGUAGCAUCUUUUGCUUGGAGGAGCCACUGAGUCCACAAAGAGUCCCUCUCCCCUUUCUUUGGGUCCCAGGGAUCCAGCUUUGGGGUAGGUGCUCCACCGUCUCAUUCCCGAGUUGCCACAGUGACCAAAGUCCAGGAGAACAAAGUCUGGCAGGUGGAAUUCCCAGUUUGGAAGACACCACACCCUGAUUCCCUUGGUCUCAGAGCUGCUCCAGCUUGUGCUGUGCAGCUGGAGACCAGACCGGAAAGGUGCCUGGGGCCUCCCUGCUGGCCCAACCUGGGCUGCCUGGGGGACGUGGGUACUUCCCUUGCUCCAUUAGGCCCCCAGGCCUCUCAUUUGUACAGUGUUUUUUUGGGCUGGUCCCCACUUUUCUUUUACAGGCUCCUUUCUCUGGGUGGCAUCCCAGGUGCCCUGAGGUCCUCAUAUGCAAGCCCCAACCCCUUUGCACAGGUGAGAAGCUUAAGGUGGAGGGAGGGGAAGCAGCUCAGUGAGGGGUUGGAAGGCUGGGCCUUGGUCAGUCAGGUGCUUGGGUUCAGUUCCUGGCUCAGCUGCUUACUACUAGCUGGGAACAUUCGCACAGACCACAUGGCCUCUCUUUGCCUGUUUUCUCAUCUCUACGUUGUGUGUACUGGCACCCAGGCCUGAGUAGCCGUGGCUGAGCCAAGGUCAAGCGUGUGGCAAGUUUAGUUCAGUGCCUGGCAUGGGGCAAGUCCUCCUUAAACGUGAGCAGCUCUUAGCGACAGCAUUAUUUGGGGUCACCAGCGAGUGGCAAAGCUCUUCUUAUGCUUCCCACACCUGGGUUCUAACCCAGCCCAACUGGAUUGGAGCCUGCAGUCUUAGAUCACAGAUCUUAUGCUUCCAGGGACAGUUUUGCUGGAGGGCAAAGCCAGACCGUUCCAGGAAGAAAGUAAAAAACAGCACGUCCUUACUCUGCUGCCCAGUCUUGGCCCUGCUGGGAGCAGCUGGGGUCAGCUGGGAGGGUGGAGAGGCAAGAGGGCACAACAGUGUCACUCAGUAGGAUGGCAGUGGGAGGGGACUCAGCUGCAGCCAGACUCCUUACGAGAGAGCCAAGGCUGUGGGAGCACCGUGUUCUCCUAGCCUGGCGGGAGGCAGCCAUGGCCUCCAGGACGCUAGCAUGGCAGACAUUCUGGUCCAGUCCCUUCCUUGCAUCCUUCUAUGACAGGGAGCUCAUUAUCUCCCAGGGAGCUCAUUAUCUCCCAGGAAGCUCAGAGGGCCUAGGUGUCCCUUGGAGUGUCCGAAGUUCCCUCCAUCUCAAGUUGGGUCCUGGGGCAGGUUAGUGAUAGCCCCUAUAGAUGUCCUUCCCUGACCACCGCCAUAGACUGACCGAUUUCUCUGGCCUCCUUCCUACCUGCUUCAUUCACUAUAACCAAACCCUCUGAGCUCCCAUCUAACCUCCCCACCUUUGCACCCUCUGGUCACUUUGCCUGCUAUCCUUCUCUGGAUCCUUCAUUUGACAUCUUCCCAGACAGCCUCUCUGAGCCACCUCUCCACCCAGACAAACCUCAGAUCAUAAAGACCCUGCCUUGUCCCUUCUCUACCUCUCCAGAAGAGCUUUCAGGCCCUCCAAUCAUGGGUGGGGCUCAGAGAAGCCGCUGUAUGCAGCUGUUUUGCUUACAAUGGCAACAUCUGUGGAACAUCUGGGUCCUCUUCCUGGCUGGGUCUGGCAGGAGAGACAGAACACCCAGACCCCCCAGUACCCUGGCCCCCUGCCACUGAUGUCCUGUCUUUGGGUGGGAGGAGGCAGUGGGGGACUGAGGAACAGCUGUGAGGUUGAUGGGAUCCUCUCCAUACAGAUGGGCCAGGGACAGCAGAGGGAGGGCCAGAGAAUAGGUACAAGAAAACAGCUGCACCCAUACAAGGCACACAACACGCAUGUCCCAUGCCUGAUCUCUGCUAGUCCUCACAGCAUCCCCUGGAGGAAGAUUGGAAAGUUACGUUCAUUCUGCAAAAGAGAAAAAUUAAGGCUCAGAGACAGUGGACAAGCUUGGCUGGCUGAGUAGGCAUCAGAACCAACACUCCCAAUUUCCGGGCAGCCUUAGGUAGCCAUCAUUCCAGCCAUCAGAGAUUCCCAGGGGCUGAGCUGCACCUGAGUGGCGCCCGACUCAUGCAGGCUUCCCCAGCCUGAGGGUAAGGCAGCCCAGAAACCUGGGCGGGGGGCUGUAAGUGCAGAAAGCCUUGUCCCAAGUUCAAUUUCAGUUCCUAGUGGGCUACAAAGUGCGAACAACAGUCCCACCUCACUGGCCCUUUGGACACAC